AUGCUCUUUUGGAAUCCUAUACUAAUCUUCGUUCCUAGUAUCAUGCCUCCAAUGCUUCCACAUGCCGUAUUCACACCAGAAGACUCCUUGUUUGUUGGAGGCAAUUUUUAUACGUCAGCUCAUCUAUCGACAACCCUCGAAGCUCUUCGGUUCCAAGAAGAUUACCCUACAAUUUCUAAUGAAGACCUGGUAGAUAAGCACUACAGAAACCUCUCGAGGAUUCUCGAAAGCUUCCAUGUAUUGGGAACAUCAGAUGAAGUGAAGCGUGUGUGGGGUAAUUGUUCUCUGUUUAUUAACACUAAAGAUCCUGCCAAUAAGGAGGCCGUUCUCGAGGAACAAGAGGCUGAGGCACGGGAGCUCUUUACUCGAAGCCUGGGAAGCUUUGCUCUGAAAGCACAGGCAAGUUUUAAGAAGGAACGCGAAUAG